AGUUCGCUAUCUUAACGAAUGCGCUCUUUACCUCACCCUCAUUCAUCUCAUUACUUACAAAGGCGACGGAGAGACACCUGACUACCUUCACCAUGUCAGACAAAGACUCCGAGUCCGGCGUCACUGGCGGUGUCCAGGCCAGUCUUCCUAUCCUUAUGACCAUGUCUGCAUUCCUCGCCAUUGGAAUGUACAACAUGGUUGAGAUUCUCUUCCUUAUCUUCGCUGUCUUCAAACAACGCCGUGGGCUAUACUUCUGGAGUAUGCUCAUUGCAACAGGAGGAAUCGCCCCUCACGCCAUCGGGUUCAUCCUCAAGUUCUUCCAGGUCACGAAGCUUGACUUGCUCUCGAGCGCCAUCAUCGGUGUGGGCUGGGUCACCAUGUGCCCGGGACAGUCUCUUGUACUGUAUUCACGCCUGCAUCUUGUUGUCGCGGACGCCAGGAAGAUCAGAUGGGUGCUCUAUAUGAUCAUCUUCACCGCGAUCGCUCUCGGUGUCCCUCUAUUCACCUUCGCCAUGGGAGCGAACUCCAAAGACUCCGCGAAGUUUCUCCCGGGAUUCGAGAUCUAUGACAAGGUCCAGAUUGUUGCUAUAUCAGUCCAGGAAAUGGCCAUAUCUGUCAUCUACAUCUAUCGAACAGUAAAGAUGCUCGAUGGAGAUUGUGGUCGACGACGGGGAUCUCUACGAAAGCUUUUUAUCCACUUGAUCAUCGUCAAUGUCGCAGUCCUGGCGUUCGACAUCACGCUUAUCGCAGUUCAAUUCUCCGGCCACUACGAAAUCCAAACCACAUACAAGACGGCAAUUUACAGCAUCAAGCUCAAGAUUGAGUUCUCUGUCCUCAACCGCCUUGUCAAUCUUCUACAACAUAAGAACCUCUUCGGCGAUGCAGCUACACGUUGCCAGGAUGUGGAUAGGUGGACGGACAGCAAGAGGACGUACAGUUCGAGCAACCGUGGCGGAUUCACAAAGAUGGAGGAGAGUAGCUCGAUGGCGAAUAGCGACAAACAUUCUUCGGUCGUGACAUGCCCGGCCAAGGUUGGUUUCCGCAGGACAGGGAAAGAUGAUGUGGAGUUGGACGACAUCCUGGACGAUGCCACGUUGUACUCGGAAGGCAGCAAGAGCCGAAACAACUCAGGUUGUCAGGGCGAUUGUCGCAGUCAGUGUUGAUACCCAGGUAGUGUACCCUAAAGGCGGAUCGCUUACUUUAUAACGAAUUAAAUAACGACAUAAUACACCCC